CCUUCCUUUCUUCCUACUCGCCUUGUUCUCUGCUCAAUACACCAACGCGUAGGGAGCGAGCUCGUAACAAUGGCGUGAAGGAACUGCAAAACCCUCUCUCUUGCCUGCUGACACAACCUUUCAAAUUUCCCUCGCUCUCUCUCACCUUCUCCGCCACUCUACCGGCAGUUCCUAGGCGCCAAGCGCGGCAUCAAGACAGGUAUGUAUAAAAACCAAUUGCAAGAGUUGGCUCAACGAAGCUGCUUCAACCUGCCAUCAUAUUCGUGCAUCAGGGAAGGGCCCGAUCACGCCCCUUACUUUAAAGCUAUUGUCAACUUCAAUGGGGAGACUUUUGAAAGCCCGUCGUUUUGUUCUACUCUUAGACAGGCGGAACAUGCUGCAGCAGAGGUGGCAUUGAACGCCCUUGCUUUGAGGGGUCCUUCGAAAGCAUUGGCUGCUCGAGUUUUGGAUGAAACAGGAGUUUAUAAAAAUUUGCUUCAGGAGACUGCUCACCGGGCAGGACUGAAACUUCCUGUUUAUACCACCGUUCGAUCUGGGCCAGGCCAUGUUCCCAUUUUCUCAUGCACAGUUGAGCUCGCUGGAAUGAGCUUUAUGGGGCAGCCCGCUAGAACCAAGAAACAAGCUCAGAAAAAUGCAGCCAUGGCUGCUUGGUCUGCCUUGAGAAAAGUGACUCAAUACUGGUCAACUUCCUUUAGUUCUACAUCUCCAGCAUUGGAGUCUAAAGGCAAGGAAGAGCAGGACCGAGUUACUAUCGCUCGCUUUCUUGCAAAUUUACGGCCAGCUGAAUAAAAAAGCGUGGAAAACCAGCAACCAGAACUUAGGCCACAUGUUGGACGUGUUCUACCUGCGAGAAGCCUCUACCCAGUUCAAUGUCAAGGCUGGGGAUACUCGGGUUUUUCGCCUGAAAUAUUACUGUAUCAACUGUGGGAGCAAGAAAAAUUACUACGGCAGCACCAGCAUCAGAUGAUGAUGUUACCAUUUCUUCCAUCUAUUAGACCUCAUCCACAGGGCUUGCUGUUCAUGCAUUCCAUGCUUAGCUCAGAAAACUUUCAAUAUCUUCCAGCAGGGCAGCUACGUCCUGAUCCAGAUGAAGCCAGAAUUGCAAUUGCCACAUCCGGUCCUCCAUUGUGCUUAUCCAAUCAAUUCAUUACUGAUCCAGUGUGCAACAGAUCCAGAGUGACUAUCCAAGAGCUUCCCAAUGAAAAAGCUCAAGAGUCGCGUGAUUUCUCUCCAGCAGCUUCUUCAGGUGGUGAAUCACGAAUCUCAGUAGCGAAUGAUGGGAAUGAAAAUCAGGAGGACUAUGAGAUCAGAUGCUGAAAGGUUUCCAAGGAAGGAAGCCCAACUUGGAGACUUAAUCCGAAGUCCUCAACCCGGAGGUCUUCUUCCCAAAUCUUUCAUAGACUUGACACGUCCUCAUAUAUCAGGGCCCAAGAUCUUAGUGGGGUGAGUCAAAUCAGAUGCUUCAGACCGCCUUCACAUUCCGUAGAUCCUAUGAUAAUGGGAUCAGUUGGCUGGGCGCAUUUUUCUGGUCCUAGACCCCAGGUUCAUCCCCACCAAACGCCUGCCCCUCCAAGAUUGAAAACGGGAAUGAGUUCAUCUUCAGCUGGACUAAUGCCUGAAGGAACAAUGGGCAUCCAUAGUGCUCGAUCCAGUUUCUUGGCACCACCUGUACGAAUCCGUUCUGUUGUUCCGGUCUGUUCAGCUCCUCCUCCUUCAGGAAGAACACCAUUUCCCGGAACCGAGAGCUUGUUGAGGACCCAGAGAACUGAAAAAAAGCAGUAUUUGAAGUAGAACUCACGAGCUCUAAAGCUAGGUGAGCUCCAUUGAUGAAAAUUAGAUAGAUUCUGAUAGAACACACUCGUUAGAUUUGUUGCUAGUCUUGGUAGUCAUAGUCAAUUUUUGUCGGAGCGAUGGUGCUUCUACACGAAUAUUGCAGGAAAAAGUUAAUCGAUAUUCCUAAUAAACCUCGAAAAAUAAAUAAUGACAUAUUGGUUGUUGAUGA